UUUCAAAAUGUUACCAGACGGUCCUUAGAAUGUCAAAUGAAAGCUACUAGCCUUCUUUUUUUGGGUGAAUAAAAGCUACUAGCCUCAAGUCCUCAGAUUGGCACCAGAGAGAGAGAGAGAGAGAGAGACCCAGACUUCAAACAGUAGAAAAUGGGUUCCAUUUUUUUGUAGCAGAUUCUCAAGGACUCACUGAGCAAGGUAAGCUCCGCCCUUGACAUUACCAGUAGUCUUUAAGGGUUUUUUGUCAAACCAAAGUAAAAAGAUUGUCUUUUUUUGCACCAAAUCUCUUUUCAAAGCAAUGGGAUUAUCCCAAAUCUGGGUCACUUGUUAAUUUGUCUUCGUAGUCAUUUGUUUAUCUCAAUUAGGUUUCUUCUAAAUGCAAGCAAAAAGGCCUUUUGCUUGUUCUCUUCAAAUUGUGAGUUGGGUUUAACCUCAUUUCAAGAAAGACAAUGAUGGCUCUAUAUGAUUCCUGAAAUUUGAGCAAACUCAUGGUUUCCUAGCAUGCCUAUCUUGCUAAAAUGCCUUUGAUUCAACCUCACAUCAAGCAAAGAGAUGGUCUUUUGACCCUUUCUUCUUCUUCUCUCUCCUCUUCCCCUCCUCCAUUUUCAUCAACAUACCAGAAAGAUUCAACCCCAUCAUCAUCUUCGUCUGGGAGUAAAAUAAGCCCUGCUGUUAUUUUCAUUGUAAUCAUACUUGCUGUUAUAUUCUUCAUCUCCGGUGUCCUCCAUAUGCUUGUUAAAUUUCUUCUGAAGCAAAGAUCUUCCUCCUCAUCAUCAUCAUCAAUCUCUCAAUCCAAUAGGUACCCUGAAAUGUCUGGCUCUGAUGCGUUCGAGAGACAGUUACAGCAACUCUUCCAUCUCCAUGACUCAGGUCUAGAUCAGGCUUUCGUUGAUGCUCUCCCUGUGUUCCUCUACAAAGAAAUCAUGGGUCUGAAAGAGCCAUUUGAUUGUGCUGUUUGUCUCUGUGAAUUUUCACAACAUGACAAGUUAAGAUUGCUUCCCUUGUGUGGCCAUGCCUUUCACAUCGGUUGUAUAGACACGUGGUUGCUGUCAAAUUCAACUUGCCCGCUUUGUAGAGGAACCCUUUUCACACCUGAGUUUUCCAUAGAAAACCCAAUUUUUUGUUUUGAUGAUUCAAGGGAAGAAGAUGGGUUUUGGGGCCAUGGACCAAGUGGGGUUAAUUCUGCUCAAAAACCAGCUGAACAGGAUGAGAUUGUUGGUGAAAAGAAAGUAUUUCCAGUGAGACUUGGUAAGUUUAGAAACACAAAUGAUAGUAGUAGUGGUGGUGGAGGAGGAGAGAGAAGAGAGGGAGAGACCAGUAAUAGUAAUUUGGAUGCAAGAAGAUGCUACUCAAUGGGGUCAUUUCAAUAUGUUGUUCCAAGCUCAAACCUGCAAGUGGUCUUAUGCCCUAAUAGUACAGCCGGUGGAAAUGGUGGUCAUGUGAAAGGGAGAGGAGGACAAAAUGGGAAUUUCACAGCUGAUGGAGAUGCAGAGGGGAAGAAAAUUAGCAGUAGAAGCAAAGGUGAAAGCUUUUCAGUCUCCAAGAUCUGGUUGUGGUCUAAGAAGGGCAAAUUCACAAGUUCUUCAGAUACCCACAUGCUUAAUUCUUCUGUAAAUGUUGGUUUGCCUCCAUGGACUGAUAGAACUCAACAAGCUACAUGAAGGGUGAGUGGUAACCUGGUAAGGGCCUGGGAUUUAAGGUCCUGGGUUCAACUCUUCUCUGGGCCAAUCUCCUGGGCGUAGCACAGUUGGUUAGGAGGUUGACCUCAAGGAUGUCUUAUCAGCUACUUGGUGUGAGUUUAAUUCUCCCCCGCUGUGCGAGUCUUAACUUAAGCGGAGCUUGCCUUGGGAGGUCGGGACAAGCUUCCAGGUUGUCUUUUAUUCGGAACGGACAACAGGACACCCUGGUGAUCUCCUCAAGAGGCGCUGCCUUGGACCUGCGGGAGAGUGGGAGGAUUUUCCUGUAACAAAAAAAAAUAAAAAAAAUCAUUCUUUUUUUUACACUUUUUCAAUACACUAUCUCACUCAAUAUUAAUAAGUGCAUUAAGGACACAUAUUAAUAUUUGCCUUUUUGUUUAUUUGCAUAUGUAACAUGAUAUCACAUUAUUAGAGCUUUAGUUUCUAGUUUCAGAUAUCAGAGUUUUAUUAGUGUAGCUUA